AUGCCAGAGGGAAAUGAAAACCCUCUGCAGUCUGUUAAGGAGGGUACUGGAACUGACAAGAUCCAAGGUGCUUUCUGGGAACUGGAUAAAAAGGAGUUCCAGAAUUGUUCCCUGCUGCUGAAAUGUAUCCAGAGAUUUCUUAAAGAUGAAGAGAGCCAAAAAGAACCCUUGUUAAUUCAGCAAGGACUGAUCCCAAAGAUGGUUUCCUGGUUUGAAAAGGUAACAGGAUUUCUGAUGACAAAAGACACCGCCUCAGAUGCACUGCUGACAAAGGUGUUGGGAGACUUCUUCGACACUGCACUGAUCAUUUCCAGGCACAGCAGGAAAGGAACAAUCCAGAUGUUGGAUUCCUUCGUACUUAGUUUAGGACGGCUGGUGGCAGACGGCACCAUGGAGCUCUCCAUUCAUCAGGAGGCCCUGAGUACUCUGAACUGCAUUUUGGACGCUGCACCCCGGGAAGAGAGAAGAAAGCUCUCUUCAGCAGAAGACACGUGCAGUCUUAUGAAAGAAUUGGCAAGGACAAUCUUGACCGUGGGAGAUUAUAAUCAGCAGGUUGCUCUAUCCGAGGCAUUGUGUAGAAUGACCGUCGGAACACUGAGGAAUGAGCUUGCUCUUCAGUGGUUUGAUGAUGCAGUCCUGGCUGAAGCUUUCAAAGAAAUUAAGAACCGGGAAUUUGAGACGGACUGUCGCCAGUUUCUCAAUUUCCUGAAUAACCGACUUGGUGAUGAGAGAAGGGUCUACUCAUUCCCGUGCUUGGCGGCUUUUGCUGAUGAGCAGGAGUUGAGAAAACCAGCAGAUGAAAAACUAGAGGAAUUUUGGAUUGAUUUCAAUCAAGGAAGCCGGAGCGUGACUUUUUACAUAGAUAACGGAGAGAGUGCUUUGUGGGAGCCAGUGCACCUUCCGAAGGAAGCAGUGUUCAGGUUCAGCAUAACGGAAAAUGAUAGGAUGAAGAUGCUCAUCGUUUUCCUGAAGGAGCCAAUUAUUAUCAGCAAGAAAGAAGCAAAGACAAUUGAAAUCCACUUUGACAGGCAACUUGACAUAUCACAAGCUUCACUUCGAGCUUUGGGAGGAGACAAACAGGUGGCUUCAUUUCAGAUUCCUGUUUUGAUACAAGUCUCCCCUGGCCUUGAAAAAGAAGAUGGUGAGAUUCCUAGUAGCCCCAAACAGGAAGCAGAGCACGCAGAAGACUCCACCACCCUGCCAGGGUUCGUGGAUGAUGAAGAUGACCAUUGCAUAAUAACUCGCAGGUUAAAUGCUCAGUCAGAGCUUGCUACACACACAGAAGACCAUUCACCUGAAAAACUCAAACCACAGGACCCCAACCAAGAAAUUACUUCAAAACACGAGUAUCCUUCACAUGUGCUAGAGUCACCAGUUCAAACUCCGGCUUUUCAAUUAGAUGAUGCGAAGGACGAUUCUGCCUUCAAGAGGGACAGAGAACGAGACAGGAGGAUACUGCUUAAUUAUAGGAAACAUCACUUUUCUGAGAGUAAUGAAGAUUCAAGUUCAAGUACCAGCGAACAAUCUUGGACCCAGAAUUACAAACGGAAGUCCCUAAGAACGUAUUCCCAGAGAAGGAAGCCAAGAGUCAGGUCUCUAAGGAUCCUUCCGCUGUCCCCCAUCAUCAGUGACAGAGCUCGUGAGAAAGAUCAGGUUACGCUAACACCAAGAUGGAAAGGCAUCUCCAGGCAAAAUGAUACCAUUCUUCCAACAUUUUCUGAAACAAAACUACGAGGUAGUUCUGUGCUUUUAACUCCUGAGGCAUCUACACUGAAAAUAGAACUUGGAAGUCCUCAUCCAUCGGGCAGUUUCUCUUCCUUAGAGCACCCAGAAGUUGAAGAAAAUGUACCUCAGAUUGUGAGCCAAGAAUUGUUCAUGGAAAACAGCUUCAAACACAAGCUGGAAAAUUCAGAACACAGAGAGAUGCCAGAUGGAAGUGUUGCUGCCCCGAAGCAAUCAAGAUUCGAAGAUGCUCCAGGAUCCCCCGCUGUGACAGGUAUUUCUACUCCAUCCCAAGAAGAUAUACCAGACAAUGCAAACAGCUAUGCUUUGAAAACAGCCCUUGAAAACUUCACUACAGAUAUGAAAAGAAAAUUUGAGCUCAAGCAGAGAGAAAUUCCACUUUCUUCAGAGAAGGCGAAGGAAGUGCCAGGCUGCCUCGUCACACUUUGGAACCAGAUAUACACACGCAGAUUGAACAAGCUGGAGAGGUUUCACAGUUUGGUUCUUCAGGAGCUGAGCAACUUGGAGGAGAAUCUUCAGGGUCUCAAGCACCUCGAAAAGGAUGCUCUGGCAAGUUCCUUGUUUGUCCUGUCUCUGGGAAGAAAGAGAACAUUUUCUAGGAAAAAAGAAGCACCAAGUGUUUAGUCAAAAAUCUUCAUUUCAUUUUAGGAGUUCUGGGAGAAACAGUCAACUGACUUGCAGUCAUUCUGUGAUCAGCAAGAGCUGAGGUUUAACUCAGCUCAGCCUUUAUAAGGAUAGCCAAAGCCUGGCUUUAUGACUGCACCCCUCGGGACAAUAGCCUGAGGAGGGAGCUGGAGUCUGUGGUGCCUUGGCCCGAGCGCUGUCCUUCAUGCCUAUGCUCAGCUCAACCAGCUAUUACCAGCUGCUGAGCCAGGGCGUGAGAGGGGGGGGAUGGGGUGGGUUCACAGUUCCUACUGCAUUUAUCCAUUUGUUCACAGAAACUAAGCCUUUUAUUCAGACGUGGCCUAAUAAUAGAAAAUUCCAAGAUGUUCAGCAGUUUCAAGUGGUUUACUUUUCAUGUAAUUUAAGAAGAGUAAACUUUAUUUUAACUCGAGAAAUGCCUUCGAGUUUUGUGGGAGCCAGACCUUUAGCGGCAGCAUCUGCCGAGAGAUUAUUUCGUAAACCCCUUUAAAGAAAAAGUAACCUGAAAACGGAACUCGAGGAGAUCAGUUUGACAUGAAAUUGUAAGGGGGACAACUUUGCCCUUCAGGCACUUCUGCUUCUCUAGCUCUCUACUCCACGCAUGCUCAGUAGAGGAGAAAUAUUCCCCCCGAGGCCACUGCUAAAGUCCCCCAUGAAGUUUGUGUGCAGAGGACUGCACGGACAGUGGGGCACCUGAAUCUAUUUUAGAGAAUUUAAACAAAGCCCAUCUCAUCUAAGGCCACUCAUGAAGUCAGAUGGGUUGUGGCUGGACCAGUCGGGACUGUGUAUUGAGCGAUAUGUUCUCAA